AUGUCCCUCGCCAUUUCUUCCACCACCGCGCUCAAGGGUGUGAGGCUUUCGAUGACCCGCGGCGCGCGGGGCACCGUCGCCUCACGCCGCGUCGCGGUCAGGGUGAACGCCGUCUCCGCCGACCGCGGCAGCGAUUCGAAGAUCCAAGUCGGCGUCCGCCACUCCAUGCGAGUCACCCGCCUCCGCGACAUCGUGGAGGUCUCUCCCGACCUCUGGGGUCCCACGGAGAGCUCUGCGGUCCCCAGCAAGAAGGCCAGGCGCGGCGACGGCCUGACGCAGGCGACCAUCUUCAAGGAGCUCCUGCUCGCGUCCAAGCACUUUCGCCUCUACUCGCAGAAGAUCCACGGCGACGGCGACGUCUACGGCGUUCGCUUCCUCAUGGGUUCGCCCCGCAUGGAAGGCCUGGACGACGUGUUCCGCGUCACCCGGUGCGUCGCAGAGCGCGACGAAGGCCUCAUGAAUCUCGUGCCCGACUCGUCCGGCAUGAUGGUGGCUGAGAUCAUGUUCCCGCUGGCCAUGCCCCUGGACAACACCAUCGAGGAUCUCAGCUCCUUGGUCCGCGCGAUCGAGACCCAGAUCAUCGAAGAAUCCACCGUGUGCCUCAUGGAGAAGGGCAGCGACGACCGCUCCGUCUUCCACGGCGAGCGCCGCCUCAACAAGUACUUCACCGGCAUGUACGCCCGCGCUCCCGACCUUCUCCACCGCGGCACCUGCACCUCCUCUUCCCCGACCCCGGGCGCGCUCGAGGCGUCCAAGGAGAUGCUUCACCGCCUCUGGGAGGGCGAGGAGUCCGCCGACGUCGUUCUCAUCGACGAAGUCCGCGCCAGGGUCGAGGAACUCUUCUGCGGCGGCAACGGCCGGGCGGUUGUUCACCCCUCGGGCACCGACGCCGAGACGAUGCCCUUGCUCCAGGCGGUGCUCGCGUCCCGCGCCCUCGCGCGCCGCGUCCCCGAGUUGGACCGCCCGGUGGAUUUCCGCGACGGCGCCCAGCGCGGUAACGUCAUCUCCCUCGUGGCGUGCGCCGGCGAGGUUGGCUCCGGCACCACCGAGGCUGCGGAGGGUCGAUUCUUCUCCAAGGCUGUGCCCCUCGGCGGCAACCGCGUCGACAUGGGCCAGGAGCUCCCCGCGCUCCACGACCUCGCGGCCAUGGAGUCCGUCGAGCUCGUCGCCCGCGGCGGCGACACCGACGUCGGCCGCGGCAAGGCUGACUACGACGCCAUCGUCGAGGCCAAGGCUCGCGAGGCUCUCGCGUCGGACCCCGCCGCCGUCGUGGUGCUUCACACCGUCGCCGGUUCCAAGACGGGCCUCGUCAUGCCCUCCCCAGCCGUGGCCGAUACCCUCGUCGCCGAGUUUGGCGAGCGCGUCGUGUCCGUCCUGGACGCGUGCCAGAUGAGGCACCACCCGAACCUCAUCCCGAGGUGGCUGAACGAUCAGGGUCCCAUCCUGAUGACGUCGUCCAAGUUUUUCGGCGGUCCCUCGUUUGGUAGCGCGGUUUUCUUCCCCCACCGCGCGGUCGAAACCAUGAACGACCAACUCGGGGAGGAGUCCCCCGCCACCGUCGCGGCCAUCGCGGAGGCGUGCGCCAGCUACUUGACGCACCACGACAUCGGCGACGUCCUCCCCAAGCUCCACGACGCGAUGCCCCCGGGCUUUUGCAACAGCGGCGUGCUGCUCAGGUGGGCCGCGGGCCUGCACGAGAUGGAGACGCUCAACGACGCCACCGAGGCCAACGGCGGCAUCGCCAACACCGAGAAGCACGUCCGCGCGUGGGUUCACGCCAUGCGCGAGGAGGCGCAGAAGUUUUCCCCGCACCUCGAGUACGUCCCAGCCGUCGACUACGAGGGCGACUGGCAGCUCGGCGGCGUCAACACCAUCAUCGCCGUGCGCCUCCGCAGCGGACCCGACGAGGACUUUUUCAGCACCGCGGACCUCAAGAAGGUUUACGCGCUCAUGACCGCCGACCUCACGGAGUUCAUCUCCCCGGAGUCUACCAUGGCUGAGCGCCGCGUGGCGUCCCAGAAGUGCCUCACCGGGCAGCCCGUCGACAUCCCCGGCGGGUCUGUGCUGCGAACCGUGCUCGGCGCGGCGCAGCUCAAAGACCUGGUCAGCGGCAAACAGCCGCUCGACCAGAUGAUUGAGGACGAUCGUGUUCUCCUCAGCAAGCUGGCACUCAUCGCGAGGCAGUACGACUACCUCCUGAGCCACUCCCUCUAAACCUCACGAACUGAAAUGGUCAUCACGUGAAAUGUCACGAAAAACGGACACGGUUCGUCGACGGUGAGCGAAAAAUGUCAAUACGCUCGCGCCCGUGGGCUCGUCGCGUUAUCAGACGAGACCAACGGGUUGGAAAACUUGCCUGAGUAUUACCUGCCUGACGACAUUAUUAUCACAACAGCGUUGUUUGCAUGGUCGAGGACUGGAGUAGCCGCGGGGGCCUGCCAUGAUUUGCAUACUGUAAUCCGCUUCAUUCAUCUUGAUUGUAAUAUUACCUAACACUUACCACGAAACCUAC